AAUUAAUCUCCAGUGCAUUAUAUUGCAUUUAUAUUAUCAGUCGUUCCCGCUUGUGUAGUUUUCUUGAAUUUCUGGGCUUGAUUUCCCUAUUUUCUCAGUUUCUCUGUGACUCCGCCCAUGCAUUCCUGUGUGUCUGAGCUGUGAGGAGGAGGAGGAGGAAUGAAAAGCAAAGAGAGGCUGCAGAAAGCUGCCUGUGGACGCUGAACCAGCGAGGAGAUGAUUAACAACAACAACAACUCUCAUCCUCAAUCUGACUGCUACAGCUUUCUGACAUAACUAACAUUUAGCCCCAAAGUCUAAACCAGCUGGACGCGUUUCUAUUUCUUCUUUUUUCUUUUCUUUUAUAAGUCCUUGGGAACUUUUUUUUUUUUCUCCCGGAGUUGGAGCUGUGGAGUUUGGUUUCCAGUCCGACUGCAUUGCAACAAAACCGCCGCCGCUGUUUGCGCUGCUUUUUCUGCCGCAAAAUCAACAAGAAAACGAGCCAGAAGAGCCGAGAGAGUCUGCGAGGAGGAAAUCAUGGAGAUCCUCGACAGUAGUGAACCGUUUUUACACUGGGACAGGAACCUCAGCGAGCUGUCCGAGGCUGGAGAGAUGGACAGUGUGCUGUACACCAACCACUUCUCCGAGCUCCUCGACGAUCUGUCCCAGGAUGCUUUGCUGGGCCAGCUGCUCAGCGACCCCUUCCUGUCCGGGGUGAGAGGCGGAGUGGAGGCCAUGGAGGGGGAGGACGGGAGCGACCUGUCCCCGUCUUCCCCUCUCCCCCCGCACAUCACGGCCGAGCACAGCUACUCGCUCUGCGGGGACAGCCGCCCACAGUCGCCGCUGUCGCACCUGACCGGAGAGCAAGGCAGCGACGCCGCAGAGUCUGAUGGGGACUCCGCUGAUUGGCCCAUGGAGCAGGAGGACGCCAUUGACAGCAUCCUGUGUGAGACUCCUUCCCUCCUCCCCAACCUCUCUCUCUCUCUGGCCUCCAGCGCAGGGCCCCAGGCUCCUGAGGGCCCCGGUGUGGCCCCUGAUGCUGCCGCGAGCCCACCUCAGACCACCGUCAGCAGCCACAACCAAAGCAAAGGCCUCAAGAUCAAAGAGGAGAACAUCAUCCCCCAGAUUAAACUGGAGCCUCAUGAAGUGGACCAGUUUCUCAAUCUUUCACCCAAAGGUCUGGAGUCGCUGCAGAUGCCCCCCACUCCUCCCAGUUCCCUCAGCAGCGACUCUGAGGGCAGUCAGAGCCCUGUCCACGCCCCGCCCGGCCUGUCCUGCCCCACCUCCCCCACCAGCCCUCCUCCAUCCCAGGCCGGUCUGAAGGUGUCGCCUCGCGCGGCUUCCUCGCUGUCCAACUCCCCUCUGCUCACCGCUGCUCACAAGCUGCAGGGGUCGGGCCCGUUGAUGCUGACGGAGGAGGAGCGCCGUACGCUGGUGGCUGAAGGUUACCCGGUCCCCACCAAACUGCCGCUCACCAAAUCUGAAGAGAAGGCGCUGAAAAAGAUCCGCAGGAAGAUCAAAAAUAAGAUUUCGGCUCAGGAGAGUCGCAGGAAGAAGAAAGAGUACAUGGACGCUCUGGAGAAGAAGGUGGAGACCUGCUCCAACGAAAACAACGAGCUGCGCAGGAAAGUGGAAACUCUGGAGUGUACCAACAAGUCUCUGCUACAGCAGCUGCAGUCUCUGCAGGCGGCGGUGGCCGGCAAAGUCCCCAAGUCCUGCAGGAUGGCAGGCACCCAGACUUCAUCAUGCCUAAUGGUGGUCGUGUUGUGUUUUGCUCUGUUUUUGGGGAGUUUCUACCCCAGCAGUUUGACUCCAUGCUCCACCAUCACUGCAACUGGCCUCGCUUCUAAACAGCUGGCUGUCAAAGAGUCCUACACAACCACAGUGAAGUCGAGGAAUCUGUUAUCAACGUUCGAAGACGAGCAGCCACACCUCCUCGGUCUAGGCGGGGAAUAUCCCGCCCAAUGGGAGGACACGUCGGCUGUCGUCAUGGCAGUGUGGCGUCGCUCAGAGCAACAGAAAGUGGCGGAGGUGGAGCCCAACAUGGUGGAAACACACCCACCCUUCAGAAAUAAAAGCAAUGAGACGCAGACAUCGAAAAACCUGCUGCUGGACCUGCAAAGGUCUCUGGAGCAGAGGACGAAGGAGAGCAGCAGUAAAGUGAUAGAGCUGGAGCGAACGGUCAACGAGACCUCCUGAGGUUCAAGUCAACACCCACCCUAAACGCCCCUCCAUCCCGGGACCCCACCUCCCUUACACCCCAUGAUGACCUUUGACAC